UUUUUUUUGUCUCCUGGCUUAUAUUGCUUCAUUCGUCUUCAACCUCAUAAUAAUAACAAAUAAUUUCAGUUGUUCCUUUUCAGCAGCUUCAACUUCUCAAAUCCAUACGGCGGUAUCAUGGCUGAUGAAGAGCCCAAGCCGCUUAAUUAUGUGUCCGAGAUUGUAUUAAAGAAAAGAAAAAAUAAUGAGGACUGGGCAAAUAGAAGGAGAGAGCAGUUGGAACAAAGGGUCAAGAAAUCUAAAACCGAUAAUUUCGUUAUCAAGAAGCCCGAACAGUUUAUCAGAGAAUUUCGCGAUAAAGAAUCUGAUCUUAUCAAGAUGAAACAUCGGGCAAAACGACCCAUUAAAGCAUCCAAGUUUCCCCAAUCAAAGCUUCUAUUUAUCAUACGUAUACAGGGUAAAAAUGACAUGUGUCCGCAGACAAGGAAACUUUUGUACUCUUUGAGACUCAGACGGAUCUUUACUGGUGUUUUUGUCAAGGCAAAUGAGAGGGUAAUGGGAAUUCUACAGAAAGUGGAGCCAUAUGUGACUUAUGGGUAUCCUAAUCUCAAGAGUGUGAAUGAGCUGAUAUACAAGAAGGGAUUGGCAAAGGUUAACAAGCAGAUAUAUCCUUUGACGGACAAUAACAUCAUUGAACAGGCAAUGGGUGAGCACAAAAUUAUAUGCAUAGAAGACAUUGUAAACGAGAUUGCAAAUGUUGGUUCACAUUUCAAGGAGGUUAGCAACUUUUUGUGUCCUUUCAAUCUAAACAAGCCCGAGAAGGCGUUGCAGGGUAAGAAAAGGCCGUUCAGGGAUGGCGGUGAUGCUGGAAAUCGUGAGGAUCAAAUCAAUGAGUUGAUUAGUAAAAUGAAUUGAUUGUAUCGCCCAGUUAUAAGAUAGAUGAGUCUUUCUGUUGUUAAACUUUAUGCAAUUGUGAACCUGAGAGGUAUUUUGAAUUUUGAAUUCAGACAAUCAAAUGAGCCUCUUUUCAUCUUCGUUUA